AUGCAUUUGUCAUUGUACGCCUUUAUUGCCUUUGGGUUAGGCAGCCAACUCACCACCGCUGCUUCUUCUGUGCCCAACUGCAAAUGUAGCCCUUCUGAUGCAUGCUGGCCAACUGCCGGUGAAUGGGCAGCCUUCAACAAAACCCUUUCCGGGCGGCUGCUAAAGACCGUCCCACCGGCUUCUGUCUGCUACAAAUCUGAAGACAACUUCAACGCCACGGAGUGCCAGGCCAUUGUUGAUGCAUGGACCACCUCUCCUUUCCACUCCUCGAAUCCGUAUAGCAUUCUGGAUCCAUCCUGGUCCGGUGCUGCUUGCCAGCCACUUUACCAGAACGGGACCAGUAUAUCAGGGGACCUUAAUGCGACAUCGAAAGGGUGUUCGCUAGGUAAUCUCUCACCCUAUGUGGUCAAUGCAACGACGGCAGCACAUGUGCAGACUGCAAUCAGAUUUGCUAGGAAAAAUAAUCUCCGCUUGAACGUCAAGAACACGGGCCAUAAUCCCGAAAAGAGUUCGGCAUAUGGUAGUUUAGGUAUCUGGACACACAACAUGAAAGGAUUCCAGUUUCACAAAUCGUUCAAAGCCUGUGAUAUUUGUGAACCCCAUAUGGCAGGUACUGUCGGGGCGGGAAUUCAGGACGGCGAGCUGUUUGCGGCGAUGGCAAAGCAUGGCGCUAUUGCUGUUGGAGGAACAAACUCGGAUGUUGGAGUUGUUGGCUGGUCUGCUGGAGGUGGUCAUGGAUAUGCCACCGGUCAGUAUGGGAUGGGGGCGGAUAGCAUUCUCGAGGCAGAACUUGUCACGCCUGAAGGAAAGCUCAUUCGAGUGAAUGAGCGGGAUUAUUCCGAUCUAUUUUGGGCGAUUCGUGGAGGGGGUGGGAGCACCUUUGGAGUGAUCAUCAGCGUUACUGUCAAAGCCCAUCCGAUGCCCUCAGUGGGAAUUGUCAACAUCGAUGUUUCGCCGCGAAACCACACAUCUCCAAAGCAGUGGUGGAACACCGUCGCAAAAGUACACAGGGAGAUGGCGGAUUUGCAGGAUGCCGGGUACGCUGGAUAUUACACCAUUACUGGACCGCCGAUUAGUUUUCAUAACACGGUCUUCGUUUACAACGUGAGCAACGCAGCAGAAGCAAGAAAGGUGAUUCGGCCCUUGGAAAGCGCCCUGAAAAGCGCCAAUUCAUCUGUUAUUACAGAGAUCUCUCAGGUUUGGACGGAGACUUGGUACGAGCUGAUUGAGAAAUUGGGACCAUUGGCGGAUGCUAGCGGAGUGGGCACGAAGCGGAGCGUUCGAGCUUCAAGGCUUGUAACCCGGAGAGCUAUUGAAGAUACAGAUCUGUUUGCCCGAACAUUGGAAGAGAUUGGACCUCGUUUCGUGGCGCCAGAGAAUGGGGUGUCUAACCCUUCACUGUCCGGAACCAUGACAAUUGGCAAGACACCAAUGGAUAAUGCACUGAACCCAGUCUGGCGAGAAACAGUCGUUCAUCUCAUUUCAGAGCAGGAGUGGAACGACACGUUGCCAGAUGAAGUUGCUGAAGAGGUGAUAAACGAAAUGACCUACGGCAAGGGAUAUGCUCUCCGCCAGCUCGCACCAGACAGCGGAUCAUAUAUUAACGAGGCAAACUCUUACGAGCCUGAUUGGCAAUGGUCUUUCUGGGGCCCCAACUACCCGCGUCUUGAGGCAAUCAAGCAGAAAUACGAUCCGGACAAUAUUCUGUGGUGCCGAACCUGUGUUGGUAGUGCACAGCUAAUUCAACACCAGAACGGGUCCUUGUGCAGGGCUUUGUAA